AUGUACAGUAUCCGAGAGGCCACGGACGUCGUGUGGCUGGCGAUGAUGGCCACAACCGCAAGGGACGCGGACAAUUCGUGGAGGCGUGCCCCUGGUGACGAGGGGUCACGUGUUUGGAGGCCGGGACGUGCCGCCGCGCCGCGAGGUGGGAGGGAAGGAGGCCGGCGGCUGGCAGCCGUGGCGGCGUGGCGUGGCGUGGCGGGACGGGACGCUAGGGGCGGGGCUGGUCCUCGACUGGCGGCGGUGGCGGCGGCAGACGACGACCGCGAGCGCUGCCUGCCAGGCCAGUGCAGUGUUGCUCCGGCUGGCUCCGUGAGUCCGACCCACCAGCUCGUCGCUCGCUGCCAGCUUUCCCCUGACAAGCGCGCCACCACUCGCGGUAUGGCGUCGUGGUGGAAGGACGCGGCCGCUGUCAUCCUCAGCACUUGCGCGGUGAUCGAUGUGCAGCGGAUUUCUUCCACUGUGUGGUUGUUUUAUCGUGAUUUGUUUUCUUCGAUCGUGGAGGAUCGUUAUUGA